AUGCCCCCGCGCCCGGCCUUUCUUCGCUACACCUUCAAGAAGACAAAUACCAAAACCGGUCGGAUCAAUUUCACGCGCUUUGAUGCUGAACCCUGCCCACAUUUCUGCUUCGCUGGGGUCCAGCGGCCUGGGAAGGGGUUCCAACCCGAGGGGUAUGUGGCGAGGGAUGUGGGACCUGAGCGAUGGGUGGGCAAGGGCGAGGUGGAGUUUGAAGUGUCAAUGGCGAAGUUGAUCGCGGAAAGAAGGGUCGAGUGCCCUUUUGCGAAGCUGUGA